AUGUCGUCCUUUCAGCCUCCUCCGCCUCCUCCGGGUUGGGGCCCUCCACCACCACCUCCUCCUCCUCCGUCCGACUUCCUCCCCCCUCCCCCGGGAGCACCUGCACCUCCGCCUCCCGGAUACCGACCUCCGACCGAUGCUCAUGUCGCGAAGUUCGCGCAAAAGAAGAAGGAAUGGCUGCGGACCCAGAGGAAUCGGUUCGGCGAGAAGCGCAAGGGAGGCUUCGUAGAGACCCAGAAGGCAGACAUGCCCCCGGAACAUCUGCGCAAGAUCGUGAAGGACAUUGGUGAUGUCUCGCAGAAGAAGUACACCAGUGAUAAGCGAAGCUAUCUCGGUGCUCUGAAGUUCAUGCCGCAUGCCGUCAUGAAGCUCCUCGAGAACAUGCCUAUGCCAUGGGAGUCUAUGCGAGAAGUGAAGGUUCUAUACCAUGUCAACGGAUGUUUGACACUGGUCAACGAGAUUCCCCGCGUCAUCCCGCCCGUCUACCACGCGCAAUGGGCGACGAUGUGGUUAACUAUGCGAAAGGAGAAGAGUGACCGACGACUAUUCAAGCGAAUGAGAUUUCCUCCGUUCGACGAUGAAGAGCCGCCGUUGUCCUGGUCGGAGAACCUCGAGGACGUGGAGCCUCUCGAACCGAUCCAAAUGGAACUCGACGAGGAAGAAGAUGCUGCUGUCUACGAAUGGCUCUAUGAUCAUCGACCAUUGGAUGACUCAGAUCAUGUCAACGGGCCGAGCUAUAAGAAAUGGAACCUGACACUGCAGCAGAUGGCCACCCUUCAUCGGCUGAGUCGGCCGUUGCUGAGCGAAGCAUUCGACCCGAAUUAUUUCUACCUCUUCGAUCUGAAGAGUCUGCUUACUGCGAAGGCUUUGAAUGUUGCGCUACCUGGUGGUCCUCGUUUCGAGCCACUGUACAAGGACAUCGAUCCCAAUGACGAGGACUUCGGAGAGUUCAACGCCAUCGACAGAAUCAUAUUCCGCACACCGAUCAAAACCGAAUCCCGAGUCGCCUACCCAUACCUGUAUAAUUCUCUUCCGCGAAGCGUGCACUUCAACUGGUAUUCGUACCCGCAAGUUGUAUAUACCAAGAGUGACGAUCCGAACAUACCAGCCUUCUACUUCGAUCCUCAAAUCAACCCAAUCUCUUCCCGCUCUGUGGCCCCCAAAAACCUCACUGUCAGCCAUGAGGAUGAGAUAUUCGGCGAAGGGAACAUCGAGGAGCCUGAAGAUGACGCAUUUGAACUACCUGCAGGCGCUGAACCAUUCUUAGCCGAUGAGGAGCUGUACAACCAGGACACUUCCGCUGCUAUUGGACUCUGGUGGGCUCCAUUUCCAUUUGAUCGUCGGUCUGGCCACAUGGCACGCGCACAGGAUGUCCCUCUCGUCAAGCAGUGGUAUCUGGAACAUUGCCCUCCGAAACAACCGGUGAAAGUGCGCGUGUCAUACCAGAAAAUGCUCAAGUCCUUCGUGCUGAACGAGUUGCACACGAGAAAGCCCAAGGCAAUGAACAGACAAAACUUGUUGAGAACCUUGAAACAAACCAAGUUCUUCCAACAGACCACGAUCGACUGGGUUGAGGCUGGUCUUCAGGUCUGCCGGCAAGGUUUCAACAUGUUGAAUCUUCUCAUCCACCGGAAAAAUCUCACGUAUCUUCACCUUGACUACAACUUCAAUCUCAAGCCUGUGAAGACGCUGACAACGAAAGAACGAAAGAAGUCACGAUUUGGCAAUGCAUUCCACUUGAUGCGGGAGAUCCUCCGGCUAACGAAGCUCAUUGUUGAUGCGCAAGUACAGUACCGGCUAGGCAACAUCGAUGCUUUCCAGCUUGCUGACGGCAUUCUCUACGCCUUCAAUCACGUCGGUCAGUUGACUGGUAUGUACCGAUACAAGUACAAGCUCAUGCAUCAGAUUCGUACCUGCAAGGAUCUUAAGCAUCUCAUCUACUACAAGUUCAACAGCGGGCCUGUUGGAAAAGGGCCUGGUUGUGGUUUCUGGGCACCCGCUUGGAGAGUGUGGCUCUUCUUCAUGAGAGGUAUCAUUCCUCUCUUGGAACGGUGGCUUGGCAAUCUGCUUUCCCGCCAGUUUGAAGGUCGUCACAGCAAAGGUGUGGCCAAGACCGUUACAAAGCAACGUGUCGAGUCGCAUUACGAUCUGGAGCUUCGUGCCUCCGUCAUGGCCGACUUGAUGGAUAUGAUGCCUGAAGGCAUCAAGCAGAACAAAGUCAACACUGUUCUCCAACAUCUAUCAGAAGCUUGGAGAUGUUGGAAGAGUAACAUCCCAUGGAAGGUUCCUGGUUUGCCUGCGCCUAUUGAGAACAUCAUCCUCCGAUAUGUCAAGUCCAAGGCAGAUUGGUGGGUCUCUGUCGCUCACUACAAUCGUGAGCGAAUUCGGAGAGGUGCCACCGUAGACAAGACAGUCGCCAAGAAGAACGUUGGUCGGUUGACGCGUCUCUGGCUCAAGGCUGAACAAGAGCGCCAGCACAACUACAUGAAGGACGGUCCAUACGUGUCAUCCGAAGAGGCCGUUGCCAUCUACACGACUACCGUCCACUGGCUAGAGUCCCGGAAAUUCACGCCAAUUCCAUUCCCAAGUGUCUCGUACAAGCACGAUACCAAGAUAUUGAUCCUUGCCCUUGAGAGACUUCGCGAGGCAUAUUCAGUCAAGGGCCGCUUGAACCAAAGUCAGCGAGAAGAGCUUGCUCUCAUUGAACAGGCCUAUGAUAGCCCAGGUACCACUUUGGAAAGAAUCAAACGUUUCCUCCUGACCCAGCGUGCGUUCAAGGAAGUUCAGAUCGACAUGAACGACAACUACAGCUCCAUCAAUCCAGUCUACGACAUCGAGCCAAUUGAGAAGAUCAGCGAUGCUUACCUUGACCAGUACCUGUGGUACCAAGCAGACCAGCGGCAUCUCUUCCCGAACUGGAUCAAGCCCUCUGACUCCGAGGUCCCACCAUUGCUUGUUUACAAAUGGGCUCAGGGUAUCAACAACCUCGACAAAGUCUGGGAGACUGCGGACGGAGAAUGCAAUGUCAUGAUCGAAACCGAGCUUUCGAAGGUGUAUGAGAAAAUCGAUAUCACUCUGCUGAACAGACUUCUGAGAUUGAUCAUGGACCACAACUUGGCGGACUACAUCAGUGCCAAGAACAACGUGCAGCUGACGUACAAGGACAUGAAUCACGUCAACGGCUAUGGUAUGAUUCGUGGUCUUCAAUUCUCGGGCUUUGUGUUCCAGUACUAUGGUCUUGUACUGGAUCUCCUGCUGCUUGGAUUGAACCGUGCCAGCGAGAUUGCCGGACCACCAUCACAGCCGAACGAUUUCCUUCAGUUCCGUGAUCGUGAGACAGAGGCAAAGCACCCCAUCCGCUUGUACACGCGAUACAUUGACAAAAUUUGGGUCUUUUUGAGGUUCACUGCCGAUGAGUCAAGGGAUCUGAUCCAACGCUUCUUGACGGAGCAACCUGAUCCAAAUUUCGAGAACGUCAUCGGCUACAAGAGCAAGAAAUGCUGGCCAAGAGAUUCUCGUAUGCGACUCAUGAGGCACGACGUCAACCUUGGACGAGCAGUCUUCUGGGAUUUGAAGAACCGGCUUCCUCGGUCUGUUACCACCAUCGAAUGGGAUGACACUUUCGCCAGCGUCUAUAGCAGAGACAAUCCGAACUUGCUCUUCUCAAUGUCCGGAUUCGAAGUUCGCAUUCUCCCGAAGAUCAGGAAUCAGAGCGACGAAUUCCCAAUCAAAGACAGUGUCUGGUCACUCGUGGACAAUACUACGAAGGAGAGAACCGCACAUGCCUUCUUGCAGGUCACUGAAGAAGAUAUUCAGAAGUUCAACAACCGAAUCCGCCAGAUCCUCAUGUCCUCCGGUUCAACCACGUUCACCAAGAUCGCCAACAAAUGGAACACGGCGCUCAUUGCGCUCUUUACCUACUACCGUGAGGCUGCAGUCUCGACGGUCAAUCUCCUCGACACCAUCGUCAAGUGCGAGACCAAAAUCCAGACUCGUGUCAAGAUAGGAUUAAACUCCAAGAUGCCUUCGCGAUUCCCUCCAGCCGUCUUCUACACGCCAAAGGAGUUGGGUGGUCUCGGCAUGAUCUCGGGCUCACACAUCCUGAUUCCCGCAAGUGAUAAGCGAUGGUCCCAGCAGACGGAUCUUGGUGUCACUCACUUCCGAGCUGGCAUGACACAUGACGAGGAGACGCUCAUUCCCAAUAUCUUCCGAUAUAUCAUCCCUUGGGAAUCUGAAUUCAUCGACUCCCAGAGAGUGUGGACGGAAUAUUCGCAAAAACGGUUGGAGGCUAACCAGCAGAACCGACGGCUUACACUGGAGGAUCUGGAGGACAGUUGGGACCGAGGUCUUCCUCGCAUCAACACCCUAUUCCAGAAAGACCGGAGCACUCUCAGUUUCGACAAAGGUUUCCGGACCAGAAGCGAGUUCAAGGUCUACCAGUUGAUGAAGAGCAACCCAUUCUGGUGGACAAGUCAGCGACACGACGGCAAACUCUGGAAUCUGAAUGCCUACCGUACUGAUGUGAUCCAAGCCCUUGGUGGUGUUGAGACAAUCCUCGAGCACACUCUGUUCAAGGCCACGGGAUUCCCUUCUUGGGAGGGUCUGUUCUGGGAGAAGGCGAGCGGUUUUGAAGAGAGUAUGAAGUUCAAGAAAUUGACAAAUGCCCAGAGAUCUGGUCUGAACCAGAUUCCCAACCGUCGGUUCACUCUGUGGUGGUCGCCCACCAUAAAUCGGGCGAACGUCUACGUUGGUUUCCAGGUUCAACUCGACCUCACAGGUAUUUUCUUGCACGGCAAGAUUCCAACUCUCAAGAUUUCUCUCAUUCAGAUCUUCCGUGCCCAUCUCUGGCAAAAGAUCCACGAGAGCGUGGUUAUGGAUAUGUGUCAAGUCUUUGAUCAGGAGCUGGAGUCCCUGGGGAUCGAAACAGUACAGAAAGAGACCAUCCACCCGCGAAAAUCGUACAAGAUGAACAGUUCUUGCGCCGACAUCUUGCUUUUUGCCAGCAACAAGUGGAAUGUCACCAGACCAUCACUUCUUUACGACACCAAAGACACAAUCGAGCCUGCGACUACCAACAAAUUCUGGGUGGAUGUACAGCUGCGAUAUGGUGACUACGACUCUCACGACAUUGAACGGUACACGCGUGCCAAGUACCUGGACUACACCAACGACAGCAUGAGUAUCUACCCCUCGGCGACCGGCCUGAUGGUUGGCAUUGAUCUUGCUUACAACCUCUACUCCGCUUAUGGGCAGUACUUCCCGGGCUUGAAGGUUCUAGUUCAGCAAGCUAUGGCCAAGAUUAUGAAGGCAAACCCCGCCCUGUAUGUCCUUCGCGAGCGUAUCCGCAAGGGUCUUCAGCUGUACGCUUCGGAAAGCAACCAGGAAUUCCUAAACUCGCAGAACUAUUCCGAACUGUUCAGCAAUCAGACCAAGCUCUUCAUCGAUGACACUAACGUGUACCGAGUGACGAUUCACAAAACAUUCGAAGGCAACUUGACAACCAAGCCAAUCAACGGUGCGAUCUUCAUCUUCAACCCGCGAACCGGGCAACUGUUCUUGAAGAUCAUCCACACGAGUGUCUGGGCUGGGCAGAAGCGUCUCGGACAGCUGGCGAAAUGGAAGACUGCGGAAGAAGUUGCGGCGCUUAUUCGGUCCCUCCCCAUUGAGGAACAACCGAAGGAGCUCAUCGUCACGCGUAAAGGUCUCCUAGAUCCCCUUGAGGUUCACUUGCUGGAUUUCCCGAACAUCUCAAUCCGCGCUUCAGAACUGCAGUUGCCUUUCCAAGCGGCAAUGAAAGUGGAGAAACUUGGAGACAUGAUUCUUCGUGCUACCGAGCCGCAGAUGGUGCUCUUCAACCUCUACGACGAGUGGCUGAAGAGUAUCUCUUCAUACACUGCAUUCUCACGUCUGGUCUUGAUCCUGCGUGCUCUGCACGUCAACCCCGACAAGACGAAACUCAUCCUCCGACCUGACAAGACUGUCAUUACGCAGGUGCAUCACAUCUGGCCCACGUUGUCUGACGAGGAUUGGAUCAAGGUUGAAACACAAAUGCGAGAUCUGAUCUUGAAUGACUACGGCAAGAAGAACAAUGUCAAUGUCUCCAGUCUGACGAGCAGUGAAGUCCGAGAUAUCAUUCUGGGUAUGGAAAUCUCGGCGCCUUCAAUGCAACGACAACAGGCUGCAGAGAUCGAGAAGCAGCAGCAGGAGCAGCAGCAGCUUACUGCGGUCACGACCAAGACACAAAACGUACACGGAGAAGAGAUCAUCGUCACAACAACGUCGCAGUUUGAACAACAGACGUUCGCAUCCAAGACGGAAUGGAGAACUCGAGCGAUCGCCACCUCCAACUUGCGAACCCGAGCAAACAACAUCUACGUCUCUUCUGUAGAUAACGAUGUGGACGAUGUCACCUAUGUCAUGCCGAACAACAUACUCAAGAAGUUCAUUACUGUUGGUGACCUGCGUGUGCAAGUCGCCGGGUACCUGUACGGUGUUUCUGCACCAGACAAUGAUCAGGUCAAGGAGAUCCGUUGCGUUGUCAUGGUACCUCAGAUUGGAGGGCUGCGCAACGUACAACUGCCCCAACAGCUGCCGCAGCACGAAUAUCUCAACGACAUGGAGCCUCUGGGCGUGAUCCACACCAUGGCUGGAAAUGAGUUGCCCUACAUGUCGGCAGCUGAUGUCACCGAGCACGCGCGUCUGCUUGAGGCACACCCGAAAUGGGACAAGGAGAACACCAUCACAGUCGACGUUGCCUUCACGCCUGGCUCAGUAUCUCUGUCUGCUUGGGCACUGACCCCCAGCGGUUACAGAUGGGGUGCCGAGAACAAGGAUAUCGGUAGCGACCAGCCGCAAGGCUUCACGACAUCCAUGGGUAUCAAGCGCAAGCUGCUGCUGAGUCCUCGCUACCGAGGAUAUUUCUUAGUACCAGAGAACGGCAAAUGGAACUACAGUUUCAUGGGGAGCAGUUUUGCUGGCAUGGAGAAGAAGCCAGUGCACGUCAAGCUGGACACGCCAAUGCCAUUCUACAGCGAUCAGCACCGGCCGCUCCAUUUCCAGAACUUCGCAGAGCUGGAGGACAUCGGUGUGGACAGGAAUGACAACUUUGCAUAA